GUCCACGCACGCAAGGAGUGACUGAGUUUUCCCACGCAGCGUGGAAGAGGAGGAAGAAGAGGAGGAAGAAGAGCAGAAGGAGGUACGUCUGCUUCUCCUCCAACCGUGACGAAGAGAGCGAGAGAGAGAGAGAGAGAGAGAGAGAGAAAAACACGGGUGUUUGGCACCGUGCGCAUUCACUGACGCUGCUGCUGCUGCUGCUGCAUCCACGCGCUGCACAGAAAUUCAACCCGCAUCAUCAUCAUCAUCAUCUGAGAAAGGAGAGGAGGAGGAAGAUCUCAGACGCAGAGUGUGUGUGACGGCGCAGCAUGACGGACACGGUGAUGAGCAGCAGCUCAGAUCGCUGGAUGUCCAACGACAGGCAGAGGAACAUGCAGCAUUCUGGUGAGAAAGAACAGGGCAACUGGACCACACAGCCCGGUCCUGGUCCUGGUCCUGGUUCCAAUCCAGACCUGACAGACGAGGAGAAAGAGAUCAUAAACAGCGUGAUCGCCCGUGCUGAGAAGAUGGAGGCCAUGGAGCAGGAGAGAAUCGGGCGCUUGAUAAACCGCCUGGACGACAUGAAGAAGACGGUGUGUGGGGACGGAGUGUCCCGCUGUCUGCUGUGUGGAGAGCAGCUCAACUCGCACGGCGUCACCGGUGUGGUGUGUGAGGACUGCAAAAAGAGCAUGUGCAGUAAGUGCGGCACGCAGUGCGGCAGUCGCCCUCGCGCCGUGUGGCUUUGCAAGAUCUGCCGAGAACAGCGAGAGGUGUGGAAGAGGUCCGGCGCCUGGUUCUUUAAAGGUUUUCCUAAGCAUUUCUUGCCGUCACCCAUGCCAUUAACUAAAAAAGAGGCGGGAGCCAAGGAGGCGGCAGCGGCUGCGGCGGCGUCUCGCGAGAAAGCAGCUCCUGCAGCCAGAGAAGACACGACCCAACCUCAACCUGCAGGACCAGAGCCACAGGGCCGUGCUGGUUACCCACCUGUAGCUCCCAAACCGGCAGCCGCGCAGAUGGCUACCGGCGGUGCUGGCCCUCAAGAGGCGGGACAGGGAAGUCCAGUGGUGAUGAAGAAGAUGGUUCCUGUUCAGAGCUCCAGACCUCAGUCCGCUGCGUCGGUCACCCUGGCCCAGCAAGGAGAUGGAGGUGCGUUCUCCUCUGGGGCCGAGCAGAGAGCGCCACCUGCGGUGAGAGAGGAGAGGAGGCAACCCGCUUCCUACGGCUCUGUCCCCGCCCGACAGCAGCCUCCCCCGGCUGAUGAGGAGGAGGAGGCCAACGACUAUGACUCCGAUGAAGCCACCACUCUGGGCUCUUUAGAGUUCAGUCUGCACUACGACCAGGAGAGCAACAGCCUCCAGUGUAGCAUCAUCAAAGCAAAGGGUCUGAAGCCCAUGGACUCAAACGGUCUGGCAGAUCCUUACAUCAAGCUUCAUCUGCUGCCGGGGGCCAGUAAGUCUAACAAGCUGCGCACAAAGACUCUGAGAAACACCCGUAACCCCGUGUGGAAUGAGACGCUCACCUACCACGGCCUGACGGAUGAGGACAUGCAGCGUAAGACCCUCAGACUCUCCGUCUGCGAUGAAGACAAGUUUGGGCACAAUGAGUUUAUCGGGGAAACCCGAGUGGCGCUGAAGAAGCUGAAGAUGAACCAGAAGAAGAACUUCAACGUGUGUCUGGAGAGAGUUGUCCCCACAAAGAGAACUGCAACAGCUGGCGGAGCCAGAGGCAUCGCCCUCUACGAGGAUGAGUCAGCGAAGGAUGGCGGAGAGGUGGAAGAGCGAGGUCGUAUCCUGAUCUCCCUCAUGUACAGCACCCAGCAGAACCGCCUCCUCGUCGGCGUCGUCCGCUGCGUUCACCUGGCCGCCAUGGAUGCUAAUGGCUACUCCGACCCAUAUGUUAAAAUAUGUCUGAAACCUGACAUGGGGAAGAAGGCCAAGUGCAAAACACAAAUCAAGAAGAGGACUUUGAACCCGGAGUUUAACGAGGAAUUCGGCUACGAAAUCAAACACAGCGAACUGGCCAAGAAGACUUUAGACAUCUCCGUGUGGGAUUAUGACAUCGGGAAAUCCAACGACUACAUCGGCGGCUGUCAGCUGGGUAUCACUGCCAAAGGAGAGCGGCUCAAGCACUGGUACGAGUGUUUGAAGAACAAGGACAAGAAGAUCGAGCGCUGGCACACGCUGGUGAACGAGAAUCACGUCGCCAGCGAUUAACCGCUCGUUUACUCCCACAAACAGCAUGAGCUAAAAACCUUUCUUCUCUUCACUUCAUCUCCCUAAAGCACUUUUUUCUUCUUCUUCUUCUUCGUUCUGUUGUGUUUGAUCCUCUCUCGUUCUGUGCGUGAGGCGCCGCUCACAUCCGUCCGUCCCUCUCUAAUGUAGUGUACUCUCCUCUUCUCUUCUUAUUAACAAUCUCCCUUCCUGUGCUGAUACUAAAUCUGCCUCUGGGACAAACCACCGCUUAAAUGAAUUAGAGAUUUCAUUAAUGGAAGGAAGACAUUUGUCAUUGAAACAGCUGCACACGGAGCAUCGUGCAUCGUCUUAGUAACCUGCUUUCCAUGAAAAUGUAUAUUGCAAACAAAAGAAAACGUGCACUUAUGGCUACAUUCAGGUGACCAGACUGAAGUGACUUAUAUUUGUUUUUUUUUCCGUUGAUGUGACACAGAAUUCUGAUUUUUGAAAUCAGUCACUUUGGAAUUAAGCAUGGGUAAUCGAGAACUGCUAUGAAAUUGAAUACUGGUCAAUACCAAAGUGUCUAUAAGCAUCCAGACAAACAAUAACAUGGUUGAUAUUUAUGUUGAUUCUGAUCAUAAAAUGCUAACAACGCUCGUGAUGAUGAAGCUGCCAAUGACUUUUAAUCCAGCCGUCAAUGGCGAGCACACGCUUGAAAGUUUGGGCUCACUUUGCUCAAACUUUGCUUAAACUAAAGGGAUAUUUGUAUCACGUGUGGAAAAAUGUAGUUGCAAGUAAACGAGUAACAGACACACAAAUACAGCACAGUUAAUCUGAGGCCGUGCAGUCUAAUCUGACCGUUUUCAAAGCUAACAAGUUUACAAAUAGCUCAGCUAACGUUUCUACUGCUGCUGGCGUUCUCUGCGCAGCCUCCUGACACCAACAUCGCGAUGAAUGUGAUCUGCAAUAUAAUCUGUAAUCUGAUUAGAAGAAUGUGGCUGGAACAUCUGAACGUAGCCCUUGUGUGUUUCCAUCCGCUGCUGUUAAGUGAAUCAUUAAAAAACCCUGAGGGUUUUUGCACGAUUGGACACGUGCGGAAAAUACUUACAAACGUACGAAUAAUUUGCAUGAAAAAAAAUGCGUCCGUCGCAAAGGCCUCCAGAGGGAGCAACUCGAUGACGCAAACGACGGUAGCUUCGGUAAUUUUCUGCUUCUUGAGCACCAAGUGUCCGACGUGUUAUCCAUUUUCAGUGAAAUGAGCAAGUUUCAGUCAUGACUAUUUCUCAAAAAUGCGAUCUUUUUUUAUGGACAACUUUCUCACCUCUGUCAAGCGCGAAAAACCUUUAAGUGACAUUCCAAGAUUCGCUCGAAUGAUCUGGUUUCAUGCCGCUUUUCUUUGUUAAAAUCAAAAAUUCAUACAAAGACAUACUGAUGGAUGCGUAUACGUGACGUGAUGCGGUAUAGCGCGCCAAAACCUGACGGACGUUUGAAUUGCACUGGCACAGAGCGGGGAAAGCAAUAGGCUGUGUUGUCCGAGGUCAGAAGCAGCAUUCAGGCUGGAAUUUGGCCGACUGAUGAUUUUUCACGUGAUUAUAGUAGAAUAGUUUGCGUUUCAAAACUGCGUGAGUAUGCUGUAACAGCUGCACCUUAAAGUGUCUCUACUGUGCCCACUGUCCUGAACAUACAUGUAUAUUUCCGUGAAGAAAUGUUUACAUACUUAUUAACACAUUGCUCAGGUUAGGAUAGACAUCUGAUAACGCACAUGACGCAUACGUUAGCGGACCAUGAGCUUCGAUGAAUUCUCUUCAUCGGUCGCUGUUGCUGAUUUUGUGAUUUUGAAGUUAUAGCACACCUAAUGAUUGUUGGCGAUUAGGAGUUUCUACGUGUGGCUGUGGAUAAGCUGUGACUCUUUUAAGUUAGCGGGACGUUAUUAAGUGUGAUUAGAGAAACUGAAGGUUUAUUUUUUCUGAUUUCGAUUCAUAAAAGCAGGAAAAAAAAAUAUGAAAAGGACUCUCCUCCUCUUCCUGCUACCUCUACGCUAGUUUUUCUACUGCCUGACACAUCUGGCUGCUCUCACUUCUCAAGGAGAGAACGUGGUACAGUCUGGUUUAUCAUGUCAUAAGUGUGUUGCAGCUUCGCCUGCAUGCACUGUGUGCCCCGUGGGGCAGAAGACGCCUCUCAUACUCUUACAUACGUUAGUCCUUUUGCACAAAGCAAGGGAGCGUCUUCCCUCUGCCACAUACCAAUCACUUGUGUAUUAGUUUCCCGGGGCUGGGCGAUUAAAAAAAAAAAGAUCUAGAAAUGGAAUCACGGUAAAAUUCAGGUUGCCAAGCUUUGAAAAGCUUGAAAAAAUGACUUGGUUGCUAUAGGAAUGCCAGAAGAUAAAAUAUCGCACGUCUUGAUUCUUGACAGUGGUUUAUGGACUGUGUAUAAGUGUCCAACCACUAUUUAUAGCAGCAGGCUUUCGUCCUUUCAUUUUCUUCCCUUCCUUCCACUUCUCUCACAAGACAAAUAAAAACUGUAUAUUGCUUAUAUAAAUAUAUAUAAAUAUAUAUAUAUAUGAAGAACUUUUUUUUUUUACUUAAUUUGGGGGGGAAAUUCGCAAUAAAUCACCUUAAGCCUGCCCCACAUGAGAGGAUUUUCAUACGUGGGAGACGACAGACCAAUUUUGUAAGCAGUUUUUCAAUGUUUAAAUCCUGAGAAAGCACAGACUUAGACGAUCCAGACUAGACACCGAUUUAGCGUGAUUUCAGAUCAUGAACAGACACGUUGUCACUUAUAAUAGCUGUUGUGUGUGGGCGAUGUUUACACAAAAAAACUGUGGAUGAAGUCAUGGCUGAGAAGAUGGAGUCAACUUGGCUUGUACAAGUUAUGGUUCUAAACAAAAGUACCCGGUCAACUUGCUUCACAUUGUUUCUUUCUGGGUUC